UACGGGGUCCCCAUCACGAACUGAUAUCAGCUAUAAUGCCAUAAAUGUAUCUGGCCAAAUGGAGGAAAGGCUUUCGCGUUAAAAUCCGAGAUCUAUUAUCUUAUUACCUGAUUGAUUCGUCCACAAAUUAUAGUCCCGCUGUUUUAUUUGUUAUAGCCGCUUAAUUAUCACGUUUUGUACAAAAUUCCUUGUGAACCGAUAGUACGUUAGUAUUAAGCACUGAAGUUGGCGCCGUAACCUUUGAAUCUCUAAAACGCCUCUGAUUGGCUCGUCCAUAAAUUAGUCUCAUCAACAUAUUGAUACCAAGGUCAUCGUUCAGUAUACGAUAAGCCAAUAUUUUAUCACCCCGUAUUCUGCGGUAAGACAACGGAAAUAAGUUGAUGUUUCUCAGUCUAUCUUCAUAAGAUAGGUCAGAGAAACCUUUUACUAUUUUAGUCCCUCGCCAUUGAACUCGUUCCAACAUAUCCGCCUCAUACUUGAAACAAGAACUUGCUGCUUAAAUCCCAUAUUCCAAAUGCGGUCGCAUGAAAGUCGGGUAUAGUAAUCUAAACAUUCCAAAUACUGUAAAGGCGCGAAAUUCAUUCAUCCAUUUGGUUAAAGAGCGUUUUGGGAUUUUAUCUACUGUCAGUUCUUGAUGAAAACUUUGAAUAUAACUCCUAACCAUCAACUGUAAGCCAUAAUCCUUAUUCUUCACAUAGGCUUAUAACUCUCAUUUAGCCCUAGCAAGUAGGUGGACAUCUCCAAAGCCACUUUAACGUCACUCAAAGGUUGCCUAUAAACUAUGGUCUCACUACCCGUGGUACCUAGAGUUCAUAUUUGCUGAGCCCGGUGGCUUUUUAUAACUAGUACACAUAAUCUUAGUAUAAAGAGCCAAGCAUUUUCCCGAACACGUUUAAUUCAUAAGAUGCCGUCUAAAAUUUCAAAGUGGUUAUCUUCCUACAAACCAUCAUCUCGUGAGGCGAUGGAUGAAUUUAUCACAUGGAUGUAUUCAAGUAACAAACUAGUUGAUGAUAUAGAAGAGACAUUUGAAAAACUAGUCUCUUCCAGUACUAUUUCUGAUGUCUGUCAAAGAUUAUUUGUAUUUUAUAAAUCAGGUUUACCGGCCUUACAAAAUUUUGUUGUUCUUCUUUUACCUUCAUUAUUGCAUUCAUAUUUAUGUCAUUCUUAUGAAGAUAAUAGCUCAUCAUCUCAGACAAGAAAAAUUGUUUCAAAUAUAUCAGAUUCAUCCCAGUCAUCAUUUUUAAUCAGUUUGAGUUUGUUAGAAUCAUGUUUGCUGAGCAUAUGCAAUUAUUAUCUUGUAAAAGCUGACCCUUUAAAAGGUAAAUUUGAAAGCUUUAUAAGUGAUAUUAACAACUUUCGUCUACCAUCGUUAACCACACCGUCUGUUUUUCAUAAUCCUGUUUCUAUUAAGGAAACAAUCGAAAGAAAUGAUGCCAAUGUUAAAACUGAAAGUGAGAAUUUGAAUCCUCUUAGAGUGUCUGCGAUUAUAUGCUUAAUUCAAAAUUAUAUUGAGAUAUUAUCUACUCUUGAUCUACAAAAUCCUAUUAUAUCUAUGCUAAUAUUUCACUCAUUGUCAAGAUUUUCAAAGUUUUCAGAUCGUGUUGUUAGCAUAUCAAAACGUCCUCGUAUUCCAACUUCAUCUGGUUUAUUAAUGAUAUUAUUGGAUUGUUCAGAUCUUAUUUUAUUUAAACUCGAUUGCUUUGAUAAAUACUCUGGAAGUAAUAAUCGUCUUGCUGACUCAAUCCGAUCCUCUAUACUGGACAGUAUUAUAGAAAUUAGUAAUCGUGCUACGCAUCAUUGUUUUUCUUCUUGUCUUUUAGUAUGUCAGUCUUUAUUACACUAUCGCAGUAUUUAUUACGAUUAUUGUGAUCAAAAACCUAGGAUGGAAGAUGGAUAUAUUCGGGAUAUUGAAAAUACCCCUACUUCUCGAAAUGGACUUACUAAUUCUACUCAUAUUCCACCUGUGAUCUCUAUAAACUCUGUAGAAGAUAAAACUCCACGUACUGAGUAUACUCCACGACCAAAACUUAGCUCUACAAAUGCUGAAGUAUUUACAAGUGCUUCAUUUAAACCAGAAAUUGUAUCUGAAGAUAUAACUCCAGUCAGUGAAAAUUCUCGAUCGUCCAGACCAGACAAAAUGACAGGCCCAGAGGAGAAUGUUAAUAAUGGGGCUAGUGCAAGUAAUAAUACCAAUAAGAAGCAUUCCAGUGAAGUACAUGAAAGAAAACACAAUAAGUUAAAAAUUGGUGUUGAUUUCCGAAUCAAAUCAAAUGAUCAUAGAAAGCAUACUUUGGAGAAACUAUCUGCACAUCAUGUAAAAAGUAAUAACACUGAGAAGUAGUUCAAUAUAUGUCAUAUAAACUUAAUUUUGUUCCUUGUCUUUCAUUAGCAUUAUCAUUGCUCAUUAUCGUCAAUAUCUUUUACUAAAACACUAUCGUCGGUUUAUGAUCAGUUGACAAAUGAGGUGUUGUUCAUGACUUGCAUUUUCUCGCACCUGUGUUACUCCUUUUAUUUAUUUUCGUAACUUUUUAUUUUUUACAUUCUCAUACAGUCUUUACAAUGAGACCUCUGUGUAUAGAUCUUAACUUUUUCUAUCAAACUACCUAAUUAUAAAUAGCGUACUUUCAGUUGAAAAUUAAUGUAUAUCUUAUGUAAUGUCUUAUUUUCUUUAUUCUACCAGUUAUACAUGUUCAUUUGUUUUAAAAGAAACACUGGUUUAGUAAGUUGGAACUUUCGUAGGUGUUAAUGUAAUUUAAUCUUCUAGAUUUCAUCAAGUUUUGUUUCGUCAAAUAGGUUUGUUUAUUUUGAA